AUGAAUACGAAGAAGCAGCUGAUCAGGACUCCCGUGAAGCACCCAGUUCGUCUGGCCUCUGAUAUGAUACGCGAUGAGCUGAAAGCCUUGAACCUGCUAGGGCCCUCAAAGCCUUGCGAGCAAACAGUGGCUACGUUCCUUGAGAAUGAUAAAGCUCUCGGCGACCGGUACGAAAAGCACCCGGUCACACUACAAGCCCUGAACGAAGGAAUUCCCCGAGAACGUAUUGUGCCAUUAUCUGUAUAUUUUGACGGUGUCCAGUACACCAAGAACGAGAACUUCUUGGGUUUCUAUAUUACUAAUCUACGGACUCCGAAACAACAACGAUUGGUGUGGCUGCUUAGACUCUCGGAGUUAUGCCAAUGCGGCUGCCGCGGCUGGUGCUCCGUAUGGCCACUCCUCGAGGCUUUCAGGGAGGAUGUUUCUUCGACAGAUCAUGAAGAUCAUCUACGCUUCGCAGUGGUUGACUUUAAA